AUGAAAGCCCCCUUACUGUUCCCUAUCUUCCUAGUUGCCCUACUGUUUUUACUGCUAAUCAGUCCGAACACCGCCACAUUUUGGAACUAUCGCCGCCGCGCUGUUUUGUCCAAUCGUAUCACAGCGGAUCGUGAGUUGUGGCUCACUCGCCUCAUCUUACGUACUCAUCCGCGGUCGAAUGAAACCUUGUUCCAUAGACAGUGGAUUGUUCGGAAUUGCUAUCCGGAAAUUGGUUCUUUGCUGGACACGGAAUUUGAGCUAUGCGACCAGCUGGCGGAUUUAUACCGGAUGCAGUACGGUGUGUGGGAUUAUCGGCGGUUUCUGCUACGCUCCACUGUGGGACUUCAGGCACUGGCUACCUCCCAGUCUUUUAGCUCGCAUAUGUCCUCUUGCGGUUGCGUGGUGGCGAAACGUCUGCACGAGGUACCAGCCUAA